UCCAUGCUGAAAGACCACUCACAGACAACCAUAGGUCACUGGCUUCUUAUGGCUUGAAGGAUGGAGAUGUUGUGAUUUUGCGCCAAAAGGAGAAUGCAGACCCUCGGCCUCCAGUACAGUUCUCAAACUUACCCCGGAUAGACUUUAGUAGCAUAGCAGUGCCUGGCACAUCAGGUCCCCGGCAGCGCCAGUCGCUAGGAGCACAGCAGGCCCACCCAUCUCCUAGAGAAAUGGCAUCAUCUCCUCAGGGCUUGGACAACCCAGCUCUGCUCCGAGACAUGCUGCUGGCCAACCCGCAUGAGCUGUCCUUGCUGAAGGAGCGUAACCCACCUCUGGCUGAAGCCCUGCUCAGUGGAGACCUAGACAGAUUUUCUAGGGUCCUGGUAGAGCAGCAGCAGGACCGAGCCCGGAGGGAGCAAGAAAGGAUUCGUCUCUUUUCUGCUGAUCCUUUUGACCUUGAAGCUCAGGCAAAGAUAGAAGAAGAUAUAAGGCAACAGAACAUUGAGGAAAACAUGACAAUAGCUAUGGAAGAGGCUCCAGAGAGCUUUGGCCAAGUAGUGAUGCUUUACAUUAACUGCAAAGUGAAUGGACAUCCUGUGAAAGCCUUUGUUGACUCAGGUGCCCAGAUGACUAUUAUGAGCCAGGCUUGCGCAGAAAGGUGUAAUAUAAUGAGACUGGUGGACCGGCGGUGGGCAGGUAUUGCCAAAGGAGUGGGAACCCAGAAGAUUAUUGGAAGGGUUCACCUAGCUCAGGUUCAGAUUGAAGGAGAUUUUCUUGCAUGUUCCUUCUCUAUACUGGAGGAACAGCCCAUGGACAUGCUUCUGGGACUGGACAUGCUUAAACGGCAUCAGUGUUCCAUUGACCUCAAGAAAAAUGUCCUGGUGAUUGGCACCACAGGCUCACAGACUACCUUCCUUCCUGAGGGAGAACUACCAGAGUGCGCACGCUUGGCAUAUGGAGCCGGGCGAGAGGAUGUGCGGCCAGAGGAGAUUGCAGACCGAGAGUUAGCAGAAGCCAUUCAGAAGUCAGCAGAGGAAGCAGCAGAGCGUCCGAAGCCAUGAUGCAUGUAGUGUGUGUGUGCUGCAGCUGGAGUGGGCCCCAGACCAG